AUGCCCCAGUACAUAUUGUUUUCUCUACCAAAAGCGGAUGUGUCGAGAGAAGUUCUCGAGGCUGACCUGUCUUAUUAUCUGGGGCGGGACGCCAAGAUCGUGGACAGUCAUAAAGGUGACCGGUAUGUCAUCGAGGCUUCUCAGCAUCCGCCGCGGUCGAUGCUCCCAUCGCUCCGAGACGAUACUCUGAAAUGGCGUGGAAGUGAUGACUAUCGGAGACAACUGAGAUAUUUAGAUAGUCGAAUCCAUCAAGAGCGGAAGCGUGCUUGUCGCGGCAACACCGAACCCCGCCAACAAUUGACAAGGUAUGAAUCCUAUGGAUCAACCACGGCGAAUGGUUCUACAUAUUGCACACCACCAAUCGCGGUUCCUCAAAGACCGACCAUGUCCAAGCGAAAUAGCUCGACCAGUGGUUCGGUCAUGGAUUCGGUGCAAGGCUCCCCCGUUUCCACGUUUGGAAGCCCGGCAUGGCAGAGCAGUCAUAGCUAUUCCUAUGCCACUCAGUAUUCCACUCAAUCCAGACGUCCAUCAGAUGCCAUGGGCCCGUUGGAUUCGGGCAUGAGAAGCCGCGCCAUGUCGGUUUCCAGUGACACCAGUGAGUUUGGAAUCAACGGGGGCUAUGGAUGGGCGCUGGACGAAGAACCUCGACCGUCCAUCUCCAUGAGUGGGAGGAGAUGA